CUGUGAUGGCACCGUUAGAUACCGAGGUAGAUCUGUACACACCGAAAAAACAGCUAAAUGAGUGGAUGCAUGAAGUGUGCCACGUUUCCUCUUCUCUUCGGUGCCAGACUCAAAACCAAACAUAACCUCUGUCUCUCUCUGUCUCUCUCUUGAAUCUCUUUAUAUCCCUAUAGAGUUGUUGUUUCUAGAGAGAGAAACAACGUGAUUCAGCAUUCAUCAUUCAUCAUUCAGUCAGUUGAUUCUGAAAGACUAUUCCUUUUUGCAUCUCGGAUUCGGAUCCUCCAUUUUUUGAACCACCCAUAUCAUUCCGUGAAUCCUUUCCAUUUAUAAAUUAAAACUAUCUUGAUUUUCUAUCAAAGAUUGAUAAUUUCUUGACUGGUUUCCAUUUUUCCUGUUUUAAAGCUCUUUUAUUGUUCUUCUUUGAUUUCCCAGCUCAAUGAGUAAUUGGGUAUAGUAAUUUAAAGGUAUGCUUUCUUUUUGUUGGGGCGAGGUGGCUGGUUUAUGAUUAUUUUGGCUUAAAAUGAAUGAAAAGAGUCAGAAUUCUGAAUAUUUUUCAUCUGGGGUGUUUUAAUUCUAUGUGAUAAUCCUGUAUCUCAAAGGGCCAUGCUAAAAUUAUUGAAUUUGUGUUAAUUGGAUUUUAAUUUUAAGUUUUGAGGGUGUUUUUCGAUAGUUUUGAUAUUGUUAUUGGACUUGUGCGGGUGCUUUGUUGAUCAGGUAGAGAUCUGGCAUUGAAGGUCAUAGUUAGGUGUAUUUAGAUGUUAUACAGCAGCUGCAUAAGGAGAGUGAUUGUACAAGCCGGAAUAUUUGGCAAAACGAGGUUGCAGUUAGGCAACGUUGGAAGGAGUUUGAAUGCAAGCCGUGGUGUAAAUUGUAAGUGGAAUAGGCAGAUUUUUACAAUGAGUAGUGUAAGUAUGAUGGUUGAUUCUGUUUCCACGGCGAAAAGGGGACCUACUGCUGAUCUUUUGUCGGGGGAAGAUGAUGAUGGUGGAUUUGUUUGUAGAGGGUGGAAAAGUGAAGACAGGGAAUUGAGCUGUGGGUAUUCAAGUUUUAGGGGAAAGAGGGUUACCAUGGAGGAUUUCUUUGAUGUCAAAAACACCACGAUUGAUGGGCAAAGAGUCUGCAUGUUUGGAAUCUUUGAUGGUCAUGGUGGUUCUCGUGCUGCUGAGUAUUUGAAGGAGCAUCUGUUUGAGAAUCUAUUGAAGCAUCCACAAUUUAUCACGGACACCAAAUUAGCUCUCAGUGAAUCAUAUCAACAGACUGAUGUAGACUUUUUGGACUCUGAAAAGGAUACCUACCGUGAUGAUGGUUCUACUGCUUCAACAGCAGUGCUAGUUGGUGAUCAUCUUUAUGUUGCCAAUGUUGGAGACUCACGGACUGUGAUUUCGAAGGGUGGAAAAGCGAUCCCUCUAUCUGAGGAUCAUAAGCCUAACAGAAGCGAUGAGCGGAAGAGAAUUGAAAGUGCUGGAGGUGUUGUAAUGUGGGCGGGCACUUGGAGGGUAGGUGGUGUAUUGGCCAUGUCCCGUGCUUUUGGUAACCGCAUGUUGAAGCAAUUUGUUGUAGCAGAACCUGAGAUCCAGGAGCAGAAAAUAGAUGAGGAAUUCGAAUUGCUUGUGCUCGCAAGUGAUGGACUAUGGGAUGUGGUACCCAAUGAGGAUGCUGUUUCCAUUGCCAGAACAGAAGAAGAACCCGAGGCAGCUGCUAGAAAAUUAACAGAGGCUGCUUUUACACGGGGCAGUGCGGAUAACAUAACAUGCAUUGUAGUGCAGUUCCACCACGACAAGACUGAUCCAUCCAAGACUGAUGCAUCCAAUUUCCAGGAGGAUUAGGCAUUGCCACUUAUUUUGCAUGUAUAGAUUUAUUGAUGUUCUUGCUAAUCUAUUACUGAUAUCUAUGCAUGCAUAGCUGAAUGUGCAUGUGAAGGACCCGAUCUGUUUAUUCAAUUGUCUUUUAAUUUCUCAAUUUACCCACGUUGAGAACA